CUUGUUCUCUGUUGUGCUGUUCCUUAGUCGUGAAAGAAGACGUCGAUUUGAGUGUGACAAACAGUGGUUCGACUUUGCAGCGACUUUGCAGCCCUAACUGUGUGAGCAGAGAAGGUAAGAUAAAGAUAUAAUGAGAUGCCUCGCUACACGACAUCUCAAACUUUCACCGAUGGUAACACUCAGAUUGUGGCGCUUCCAGACCCUGUUGAGGAAGGGACGGCUCUUCAGAGUAAGUCGGUGGUCGAUCCGGAGGCAGAGCCACUGGAGGUAAAGCUGCAGCGAAUCACGGAGAAGGUACCUGUGAGGGUGGGGAAUACCUCUGGGAGCUCUGCGGGCUCUGGCAGUGGAGAUUUCCACCAGUACAGACAGAUGCGACGCAAGGAACAGGAUCGCCUGGCAAGGAUGGAAGCGGAUUACCAGUUGAAGAAGGACGCUGCAGAGUUCGAGGCUGGGAGGAAAGAGGUGUUGAAGAUGCAAGAACUGAGGACAGCUAAGAGACAGAAGAAGGAGUCGAAGAAAUUGGCAAAAACGGCAAGACAGGCAGAGGAUGCCGCUGGGGGUAGACGGCAUCCCAUAGCAGAAGAGCAAGAGUAUAAUACUAAUGAUGAUGAUGAUAAUAGUGGUGAUGUUAAUGAUGAUGAAUCUGGUAAUGAUGUUGAUGAUGAUGAUAACAAUGAUAUUGGUAAUGAUGAUGAUGAUGAUAAAGAUGGUGAUGAUGACGAUAAUGAUAACGAUGAUGAAGGUGAUAAUGACUAUGAUGAUGAUCACGCCCAACACCCUGCGCUAACUCAAAGUGCUGCUAUUGCCAAUGACCGGAUGAUGAUGGUGGUGGUGAUAACAACAGGGGCAAGCAGCGCCGAUGAUAAAAUUUUAACGAUGAGUGUCGCGCAGCCCCCCUAAUCAUGGUGUUAAAGUUGAGACAUACCCUGUUGAUGCUGAUAAAGAUGAUGAAGAUGA